AUGAGAACAAUUUCGAGCAAGGUGGUGAAGAAAUGUAUCACAAGGCCGCCGCCUUUACUACUAUCAAAUACUUCUCUCACGUCCAUGGCGUCCUUCAAUGUCCCAAACCAAAACCCGUCUUCCCUAAUUGAUGAUUUCACCAAGUUCUGUUGUCAAAGAGACUUGCCCAGAGCCAUGCAAGCCUUGGAACUUAUGCACACACAUCGUAUUUGGGCUGAUUGUAUUACUUACUCUGAGCUCAUCAAGUGCUGCUUGGCCCGUCGAGCUAUUGAACAAGGCAAACGUGUUCACGUCCAUCUUUUCUCCAAUGGGCACGAGCCGAAAGCGUUUUUAAUGAACAUGUUAAUCAAUAUGUAUGUGAAGUUUGGUCUUUUAAAGGAUGCACGUGAUUUGUUUGAUAAAAUGCCUGAGAGAAAUGUUAUUUCUUGGACAACUAUGAUAUCAGCUUAUGCUAGUGCUAAGUUAAAUGAUAAGGCGUUGGAGUUCUUGGUUUUGAUGCUAAGAGAAGGUGUGAGACCAAAUAUGUUUACUUACUCUUCCGUUUUGAGAGCUUGUGAUGGGUUGUUUAAUCUUAGGCAGUUGCAUUGUUGUAUAAUUAAGAUUGGUUUAGACUCUGAUGUGUUUGUUAGAAGUGCUUUGAUUGAUGUUUAUUCUAGAUGGGGCGAGUUGGAGAAUGCGCUGCGUGUUUUUGACGAGAUGAUGACCGGGGAUUUGGUUGUUUGGAAUUCGAUAAUUUCAGGGUUUGCUCAAAAUAGUGAAGGUGAUGAAGCAUUGGGGCUUUUUAAGAGGAUGAAGAGAGCUGGGUUUUUAGCCAAACAGCCGACGCUAACUAGUGUUUUGAGAGCCUGUACUGGGUUAGCAUUGUUAGAACUGGGGAGGCAAGUUCAUGUUCAUGUGUUGAAGUACGAUCAAGAUUUGAUUUUGAAUAAUGCUCUUUUGGAUAUGUAUUGCAAGUGUGGAAGUUUGGAAGAUGCUAAUGCUGUUUUUGUUCGGAUGGUAGAGAAGGAUGUGAUCUCCUGGAGUACCAUGAUUGCUGGUUUGGCGCAAAAUGGAUACAGCAAAGAGGCACUGAAGUUGUUCGAGUCGAUGAAAGUUUCUGGUAUAAGACCGAGCUACAUAACUAUUGUUGGUGUCCUUUUUGCUUGCAGCCAUGCUGGUCUUGUGGAAGAAGGCCUGUACUAUUUCCAUUCGAUGAAAGAGCUGUUUGGGAUUGAUCCGGGAAGGGAACACUAUGGUUGCAUGAUUGACCUUCUUGGAAGAGCAGGAAGGCUCAGGGAAGCAGUUGACUUGAUAAAUGAGAUGGAAUGUGAACCAGAUGCUGUUACGUGGAGGGCUUUGCUCAAUGCGUGCAGGGUUCACCAGGGUGUGGAUGUAGCUAUUCAUGCUGCCAAACAAAUUCUAAGACUGGAUCCCCAGGAUGCUGGAACCUAUGUGUUGCUAUCUAACAUUUACGCAAAUGCUCGAAGGUGGAAUGACGCUGCAGAAGUUAGGAGAGCCAUGGAUAAUAGAGGAAUCAGGAAAGAACCAGGAUGUAGCUGGAUCGAAGUGAAUAAGCAGAUUCAUGCUUUCAUUUUAGGAGACAAAUCACACCCACAAGUCAGUGGGAUCAACAUUCGGCUGAACCAGUUAAUUCAUAAGCUCAUGGGAGUCGGGUAUGUUCCAGACACUAAUUUUGUCUUGCAAGAUCUGGAGGGGGAGCAAAUGCAAGAAUCCCUGCGAUACCACAGUGAGAAACUGGCACUUGUGUUUGGUUUGAUGAGUCUGCCCAAGGGCCAGACUAUAAGAAUCAGAAAAAAUCUGAGGAUAUGCGGAGACUGUCAUCUCUUUGCAAAACUUAUAGCAAAGAUGGAGCAGCGGAUUAUCAUCAUCAGAGAUCCCGUUCGAUACCAUCAUUUCCAGGACGGGUUUUGUUCAUGUGGCGAUUUUUGGUGA